AUGGUGCCAAAGGUCGACGAAGGCGAGAACCUCGCUCGCAUGGAACGCGGGGAGCUUUACUAUGCCUUCACUCCGCAACUGAUAGCCGAGCGACAACGAUGCACACGUAUCCUUAGCCGACUCAACAGCGCUGGAGAGUUGAGCCGCCGCGAGAUCGCGGGAUACUGGAAAGAAAUAACCAAGGAUGAUCGCCCUCUUCCUCCUCCCGCAGCAACAGACGAAGAAGAGGAUGCGAUCCUUCACGAAUAUCCCUGGAUUGAACGACCGAUUAGAAUGGACUAUGGUACCAACGUUAAAGUCGGAAGCAAUGUAUUCAUAAAUGUCAACUGUACUAUAAUUGAUACCUGCACGGUGUCGAUUGGGUCACGAACUCUUGUUGGGCCGAAUGUAUCCUUUUUUAGCGGGACGCACCCCCUGGAUCCGGACCUGCGCAACGGCACCAACGGACCAGAACUCGGCAAGCCGAUUACCAUCGGUAACGACUGCUGGAUAGCCGGGAAUGUGAUAAUACUCCCCGGCGUGACGAUUGGUGAUGGGUGUACGAUUGGUGCGGGAAGUGUUGUGACCAAGAUUGAGCGGAAGUUUAAAGCUGAACAGGACGCUCUAAAAAGUAAGCUCGAGGCACCCGAGUCAUAA